AUGAACGCCAGCGCUGCCGGUCUGCCACAGGCAGCGCCCGCCUCUGCCUCCGCUCCCUCUGUUCCCGGAUCCGACGGGACGCCACUCUCUGCGAACCCACAAAUGCAGUCACCCACUACUCAGCAUACCCACAGUUCUCCAAAUCUCGGUAUCGGAGGAGCAGGAGCGGCAAGGGGCCAGCCGCUAGGGACGGCACCCCAUCUUGCCGUCGGGCCGUAUCCUGUCUUGAACAACAAGCGCGGUCCUGUCGCGUGCAAACGGUGCAGGCGCGCAAAGACCAAGUGCCUCCACAACGGGCAGCCUCCCUGUCGGUCUUGCGCAGAAUCGGGCCUCGCCGCCGAGUGUGUGUUCCCGCCCAAAGGCACCUCCUUCAUCGACCGGGCACCAGCAAAAAAGGCACGACGUGCCACAGACCCUCCGACUUCGACCAGUCCAAACUCGAACUCGAACUCGAACACUUCUUCUUCUGCCAAUACCGCUCAUACCACUACGCCCCAACUUGACACAGGCGCAGGCAGUCUCGGGGUGCCCAUUGCCCCUGGACCUUCGCCUCAUGGGCACAGCCACGCAGCAGGCCAAUCGCCGAUCCACCUGUCCCAUCCGCAUCUUCCGCAUCCACUGUCACAAGUCCACGAUGAGGAGACGAAACCAGUAGGGAGCCCAACGGUCGCGAGCCCGGUCGGGCACGGAAGGUACCCGAGCGUGACAAGAAGCGGUAGCGGUGGAUCUAAUCCGAGAAGUAGGCUGACUCCGAAACCCGGUUCCAGUCCUGCAAGUGCGUCGGAAGAGACGCUACCCCCGCUACCGCUAUUGGAGGAAGCGUGCGAAAUUUUCUUCGGGCAAGUCAAUCAAUGCGCGUUCUUGCACAAGCCCUCCUUCCUCGCCCGAUUGGGUGAUCCCGCCCAGUCCCCGUCCCCUCUUUUGCUGUUGAGCAUAUGUGCCUUGACUGUGCGAUUCUCACCUUCGCUGGCUCAAUUUUGUGGAACUACGAAAAAGAGCGCGACGUAUUUUCACGACACCGCUCGUGCCCUGCUAUUUGAAUCCUUAGGAGAUCCUAGUGUAGAGGCAUGUCAAGCAGGCUAUUUCCUCGGGCUCGCCGACUGGAGUGCGUGCCGCGGGCGGCGAUCCUGGAUGAUUAUGGGAAUUGCGACUCGCAUGGCACUACUACUCGGACUCCACCGUGAAGAAACGCACGUCCUUCCGCCGAAUCCGACCCCGAACCAGAUCGUUCAGGUUGAGACGGCCCGGAGAACGUUCUGGACGCUCUUUGUAAACGAUCGGUCCGUAUCCGGCGGUGGCGCAUCAUGCCGGCCUUCGGGCAUUCAAGCCUCUGAGAUUUCUACUCGUCUCCCUUGCGAUGAAGACAGUUUCGCCUUUGGACAGCCAACCCCUGCGUAUUAUCUCAAACAGCUUGAUGAUCCGGCAUGGCACCAGGUCAACACUGGCGUCGAUCUCGGCAUGAUGGCUUAUAUGGUCCACUCGGCAGAGCUCUGGGGCCGCGCUGCGCGCCGCGUUUGUGCAGGCGCAUCGUCCACCUCCCCCUUUGACCCAAAUUCUACCUCAUGGGAUUCUAAUCCCGAAGUCGCCCCGUGGAAUCCCAACUCGGAAUUUGCGCAGAUCAAAGCAGCUUUAUCGCGUUGGAGAUCUCAGCUCCCACCGAGGCAGCAAUAUAGUAGGAGCAAUCUGGCUGUGUAUCAUCAAAGGAACUCGGGCAUGAGUUUCUCGUACAAUCAUUGCAUGAAUCAAGCCGCUGAGGUACUCCUCCGGCGACCUUACCUCCCCUUCAUUGUCAGAUCAUUAGCGCCCGAGGGUUCUGGGCUUUCGCUGGAGGGAGUAGGCAGCCCGUGGCCGAAUAUGCCAGGUCAGAACCCAACGCCGGAAUUCUGGGCGCAAUGCGGCAGAGAGAUGUUUGAGGAACGUGCGUACGAGGUUCCCCUCCUCGUUCUCCGCUCAACGGAGAUUCUCUCUUCCAUGAUUCCCACCUGGCCGAUGGCCAGGCAGUGGGUGCGACUCCUCCGCCAGCCGAUCAAGAAGCGCAUCGACGAAGCCGUACAAGAUGACAUGGUCACCGAUCAGCGUGAGGGCGUCUACCGCCAGGCCUCUAUCUCGAAUCACGCCGACGGUGGAAGCGCAAGCAGCGAAGGCGGAGACGAUGACGCAGAUGGGGAGCCGGAUGGUCCUAUGCCAAACGAGCAGGCCCAAGGGCCAAUCACCGUCGAACAAAGCCCCGCGACUACUCCCACCCUCACCCAUUCAGGUGCGAUGAAUCCGGCAACCCCAAGAGCGGACAUCGAUCCUACAGCGUGGAACGUCGCGCCGUCUCUGCACACGCUCGCGCUGGCGGCGCAGCAGCAGCAGCAAGAACGCCAUCCCCAACAACCUCAAAGCCGCCAUCCGAACAUGGGUCCGCAUGAGCACCCCGGUAUGCACGUGCCGCUCGCAACACCCAUUGCAUAUGGACCCCUCGUGGGGACCGAUAUGUCGAUGUACUCGCUACUAGGCCCGUACUCCGAAAUGCCAUUCGGACACCCGAGCAAUCCAAACUCGUUCGGGGACGUGCUCGCGUUCAUGUCAGGUUCGGAGCAAUGGGCUGGCUAG